AUGCUUCACCACAGUUCCUCCGCUACAUCCACUCAAACAAAUACCACUGCACCUCCGACCACCGCCGCACCCCACAAAGCCCCGGCAAUCCCCGUAGCUCUCGGCACGCUACCCGUCGCGGAAGAGGUAGUACCCGCCGAUAAAGUAGGGGAGGCCGGCGCCUACGGAAAGUCUACCGUUGAAUCAAUUGAAAAGAUCCGAUAA